GACGAUGUUAACUACAACUCCUUUUUUAAUUCUUCGAAUAUAAUACAUGAUAUACACAAAAUAUAUCGUCGAAGACAAAGUCCAGGUCAUUUAUGCCGUUUCCUUCCCGCUAUCUAGAGGGCUGAGUUUCUCAGAAAAUCUACGUCCAUAGCAUUCAUAUUUCAAACCCUCUGACUUGAAUUCUCACAAUUAAGCUGGGUUAACAGGGCAAUUCACAGGCGAAAAAAUGUCGAAAUUGCAUGGAUUUAGCAAAUUGGGUGACCCAGAUCUGGAGAGUGGAGGAACUCUUUAUCCGGGUCUUUCUCUCGAAGACAAUGAAUUGCGAUGGAGUUUCAUAAGAAAAGUUUAUUCAAUCCUGAGCAUGCAAUUAAUGCUCACUGUGGCAGUCGCUGCAACUGUGGUUCUCUAUACGCCGCUCACUCUUUACAUCACUGCAACUCCAGGACUUUUGAUUGGCGUUUCUAUACUACCCUUAAUUUUGAUGUGCCCUUUGUACUGCUAUCAUCAGAAGCACCCAGUUAAUCUUGUGCUGCUGGGAUUUUUUACCGUGUUUCUAAGCCUCACAGUUGGCAUAUCAUGUGCAUACACGAAAGGAAGGAUUGUUCUUGAAGCUUUGAUACUAACAGCAGCUGUGGUCUUCUCGCUUACUGGCUACACGUUCUGGGCUUCCAAAAAGGGCAAAGAUUUUAGUUUCUUAGGCCCAGUUCUCUUUGCCAGCCUUCUUGUCCUCUUUCUGUUUGGUUUUAUUCAGAUUUUCUUUCCCCUUGGUUCUCUCUCGACAACCAUUUAUGGUGGAGUGGCAGCUAUCAUUUUUUCGGGAUACAUUGUAUAUGAUACUGACAACCUAAUAAAGAGGUUUACUUAUGAUCAGUAUGUCUGGGCUUCAGUCGUUCUCUACUUGGACAUUUUGAAUCUAUUCCUGUCCUUACUGCAAUUAUUGAGGGGAAGCGAUUGAGGAUCUUGGCAUAAUCAACAUUUUGCAGAGUCCGGAAGAUUAUUAUGAAAAGUUCAUAAUAGUGGAAUAUUAUUCUAAAAUAAGCAACUGUAUUAGGUAUUAUACUUUCUCUUAAGGUUGUUCCUUGUGGUAACACAACUGGAACUCUACCAACUUGACAAUGGUUCAGAAUUCUCGAGGGACAGUUUGAGAGACACAAUUAAGUUUUAGUGUUCAAUUUCUGUUAAAAAAACAAGUAGCAGGAUGUUUGGGGCAUAGUGCCCACAAUAUGUAUAUCUUUGUACCUGACAUUUAUUUAUCUGCAUCUUCUUAACA